AUGUCAGCCGACACAAAUUGUCAAGAGAACACUCAGGCUAUACCAGUGGCCAGGAUGGAAAACACAAUUGCACCGCUACAGGGAGAGCCAGCAGCAGCCCUUCAGAAAACAUCCAUUUCCAUACCAAUGUCUUUCGGACACUACUCUACUAAUAAGAAUCAACCUUUUGACGAUUUAUCGCUUUCAAAUAUUACAUUAAUUGUUCGCCAACAGCCUAAAGUCGCACGUGCUUGUGGAUUUGGAGAGAGGGACAGGAGGGUGGUCGACCCACCCCCUAUUGUUCAGUUGCACAUAGAUAACCCAGAUUUGCGCUCCGAAGGCAAAUAUUUGCAAGAAAGUGGAAUUCAUCCUGUCGUUCAUUGUUCGUUAUGGGACCCUGAGAAGGACGUCUAUGCUACGACUGUGUCGGACUCGUCCACGACGGGUCGUCAACAACGGCGACUCCUGGGAACUCUGAUUUCGAGUCCUUUCGUGGGUGAAGAUGAACACGGGGUGCCAGGGAUAUUUUUUGCUUUCCCAGAUCUUAGUGUGAGGACUACAGGAAUCUAUUGCUUGCACUUCACCUUAGUCGAGUUCGACUUCUCACAGAUGAAGCCUGGCCACUCGGCGCCUGUGAAGGCAACCAUAAGGUCUGACCUUUUUCCGGUUUACAAUGCGAGAGAGUUUCCGGGACUCAGAGCGAGUACUUCACUGAGCGCAUCACUACGAAGCCACGGGUGCUUACCUUCAUCACGAAAAUACCGCAAGAAUCUGCGAACAAGGCAGGGUAAUGUCCUGUCAGGUAAGGGUAAUGCCGAAACCAGUCUACCACUGUUAUCUGAGACUUGCGAGACUAGUACAUCCGAGGAGAUGUCUCGGUGUGGGAUGUCUAUCUUCUCAGAAGCCUCGGGACAGUCAUCACAACCCCAAACUUUGUUUGAGCAUUACCUUUCUGCUACAGAUGCAUUUGGGAAGCUGUUGCUUGAAGAUGCUGUCUUGGACCAACAUUAUCGGCACCUCAUCUCUGCACGGGACGUUGAGCUGCACAAGUUCGAGGAUAUGCUUUUCCAAAUUCUUGGAUCACUUUCCAAGAGCCUGUUUAUGGAGGCGCAAAGCGUCAUUCAGCAGAAAAUUGCAAAGUUCAUUGAGCGAAAAGCAGACGAGGUCGCACGUGGGGUUAGAGAGGAUGUCGAGGCCCAAAAACAGAUUAAACCACUCUCACACGUACUUCCGGGUACUGGUACGGAGGAUUAUGGUUCGAACAAUCGAAUCAACACUUGGGUUAUGGAGGUCGAAAACCAAGAGCAACAACAAUAG